CUCUCGCUCAAAUACAAAUACAGAUCUCGAAGAAGAAGCUUCAAGGUAACAUCCAGCUUUUUCUCCAGAUCAAUUCGCUCUUAUUAACCCCAUCGUUCGAAUCUGGAGCCGUUACAGGAUCCGCCGCAGACCACGGCGUCGUCCAACGGUAAGAUCCGCUACCGUUCGCCUUCCUCCUCUGAGCUCAUGGAGUCCGGAGCCGCCGCAACCGUCUCCUCCUCCGGUCACCAUUCCCCUUCCUCCUCCUCCGAAUCUCACCAGGGACUCCUCUCUGUCGACGGCGGAGGAGGGAAGACGACGGCGGCCAAGCGAGGUAUUAUCGGACGGCACGAGUCCAUCGCCGAUAAGAUCCAGCGCCACCGAGGUAUCCUGCUCUUGAUUUCGGUUCCCGUCGUGCUGAUCGGUCUCGUUCUUCUGCUAGUGCCUGGGAGAUCGGCGUCCGACGCGGUGGUUGAAGAGUACACGGUGCUUAACCGCAAGAGAGGCCCCAACUCGAGGCCUCCGAAGAACUACGCUGUGGUUUUCGAUGCUGGAAGCUCUGGUAGCCGUGUUCAUGUCUACUGUUUUGAUCGGAAUCUGGAUCUUCUUCCUCUCGGGAAUGAACUUGAGCUCUUCCUGCAGCUAAAACCAGGAUUGAGCGCUUAUCCUACUGAUCCACGUCAAGCGGCGAACUCUUUGGUGUCUCUUCUUGACAAAGCGGAAGCUUCUGUUCCACGGGAGUUGCGUCCCAAGACACCUGUUAGAGUUGGGGCAACUGCAGGGUUGAGGACGCUUGGCCAUGAAGCAUCUGAGAACAUUUUGCAAGCGGUUAAGGAGCUCUUGAGAGAUAGAAGCAUGCUGAAAACUGAGGCAAAUGCUGUUACUGUGCUGGAUGGUGCCCAAGAAGGUUCUUAUCAGUGGGUGACAAUUAACUACUUGCUAAGGAACCUGGGAAAACCAUACUCAGAUACUGUUGGAGUGGUUGAUCUUGGAGGGGGUUCUGUACAAAUGGCAUAUGCUAUAUCCGAGGAAGAUGCUGCAACUGCACCAAAACCAUUAGAAGGAGAGGAUUCUUAUGUCAGAGAAAUGUUUCUAAAGGGACGGAAGUAUUUCCUCUAUGUUCACAGUUACUUACAUUACGGAUUAUUGGCCGCCCGAGCAGAGAUUUUGAAAGUUUCUGAAGAUUCAAUCAGCCCCUGCAUCAUGACAGGCUAUGAUGGUACUUACAAGUAUGGAGGAGAAGAAUUUAAAGCCGCUGCUGUGCAAUCUGGCGCGAGUCUCGAUGAGUGCCGGAGGUUAACGAUCAACGCACUCAAAGUGAAUGAUACACUCUGUACACACAUGAAAUGCACAUUCGGUGGAGUAUGGAAUGGUGGUCGAGGUGGCGGCCAAAAGAACAUGUUCGUUGCUUCUUUUUUCUUCGAUCGUGCUGCUGAGGCUGGAUUCGUAGACCCCAAGCAACCUGUUGCUACAGUUCGUCCAAUGGAUUUUGAGAAAGCAGCAAAGAAAGCUUGUAGUAUGAAGAUGGAGGAGGGAAAAUCAAAGUUCCCACGUGUGGAAGAAGAUAAUUUGCCUUACUUGUGCAUGGAUCUCGUUUACCAAUAUACUCUGCUCGUUAAUGGAUUCGGAUUGGAGCCAUCGCAAACGAUAACGUUAGUGAAGAAGGUGAAGUACGGAGAGCAUGCAGUGGAAGCUGCGUGGCCAUUGGGUAGCGCCAUAGAGGCCGUCUCCUCACCAUGACGGGCAUUUUUUGGAACUACACAGAACGUAAUUUUAUUAAUAUUGAUCGUCUUUAGAGAAAUUGUUUUGCCACUUAUAUAUAUCUAUACACAUUUCUCUUUCUCAGAUCUCUGAUUAUUUCAUUUUUGUAAACUAUAGAAUCCGGGGAUUGUUAUAUUUUUUAUAAAAAAAGCUUGCAACA